AGAUAGAGGUGAGCGCGAGCGCGAGCGCUUCCGGGUGGCUGGCGGCUGUAAGCUGGGUGUCUCCGCAUUCAGAGGUCGCUCGUUGAUUCUCUGUCUCGGCUCGGAGGAGGGUCGUUCCGACUGCACAGCUCCUCCUUGUGUCUCAGAUGGCGAGUCUUCUGCGUGUGGUAGCCACCAGCUGUUCCAGCCCCCUGUUCUCCGGACUGGCCUGUGCUAAGAGUGUCCGGACGGUGAAGACACCAUGCGUGCGGUUCUUUAGGACCCAUCAAGCCCUCUCUCGCCUCGCAAGUCCAGGCAUUCCAUACAAACAGCUAACUGUCGGCAUUCCCAAGGAAAUCUUUCAGAAUGAGCGUCGCGUGGCCAUCUCUCCAGCUGGAGUGGAAGCUCUCAUCAAGCAGGGCUUUAAUGUGGUGGUGGAGUCUGGUGCUGGAGAAUCUGCCAAGUUCUCCGAUGACAUGUAUACAAAGGCAGGAGCCACCAUCAGGGACGUCAAAGAUGUCUUUGCAUCUGAUGUUCUGCUUAAGGUGCGUGCCCCCAUCUUGAACUCCGCUCUGGGAGUUCAUGAGGCCGACCUCAUGAGUGAAGGAGCCACCCUCGUCAGUUUCAUCUAUCCUGCUCAGAACCCUGAGCUGAUGGACCAGUUGUCCCAACGCAAAGCCACCGUCCUGGCCAUGGACCAGGUGCCCCGUGUUACUAUUGCUCAGGGUUAUGACGCCCUCAGCUCCAUGGCCAACAUUGCUGGCUAUAAAGCCGUGGUCCUGGCAGCCAACAACUUUGGCCGCUUCUUUACUGGUCAGAUCACAGCCGCAGGGAAGGUCCCUCCUGCUAAGGUGUUGAUCAUUGGAGGUGGAGUGGCUGGGUUGGCCGCUGCUGGCUCUGCACGUGCUAUGGGUGCCAUUGUCAGGGGAUUUGACACCAGAGUGGCUGCACUGGAGCAGUUCAAGUCCCUGGGUGCCGAGCCCCUGGAGGUGGAUAUGAAGGAGUCAGGAGAAGGCCAGGGCGGUUACGCUAAGGAGAUGUCCAAAGAGUUUAUCGAGGCAGAGAUGAAGCUGUUUGCCAAGCAGUGUUUGGAUGUUGACAUCAUUAUCACUACUGCGCUUAUUCCCGGUCGGAAGGCCCCUGUGCUGAUUACUAAGGAAAUGGUGGAGACCAUGAAAGAUGGUUCAGUGGUGGUAGACCUGGCUGCAGAAGCUGGGGGCAACAUCGAGACCACGGUUCCUGGAGAACUCUCCGUUCACAAAGGUGUGAUCCACGUCGGCUAUUCUGAUCUUCCCAGUCGCCUCCCGACUCAGGCCAGCACAUUAUACUCUAACAACAUCAUCAAACUCAUCCGAGCCAUCAGCCCGGACAAGGACGUUUUUCACUUUGACGUCAAAAGCGAGUUUGAUUAUGGCACAAUGGACCAUGUCAUCCGCGGUUCAAUCGUUAUGCAGGAUGGAAAAGUGCUUUUCCCUGCACCACAGCCUAACAGCGUUCCAGUGGCGGCACCUCCAAAACAAAAGACAGUCCAGGAGCUGGCGAAGGAAAAGGCAGCUUCCAUCUCACCCUUCAGAGCCACUCUCAACACGGCUGGGAUGUACACCGGAGGUCUGGCUUCAGCCAUCGGUCUUGGGAUAUGUGCUCCCAAUGCUGCUUUCCCUCAGAUGGUUACAACCUUUGGCCUGGCGGGAAUCGUGGGAUACCACACCGUAUGGGGCGUCACUCCUGCUCUUCACUCCCCGCUUAUGUCUGUCACAAAUGCCAUUUCUGGUUUGACUGCUGUUGGUGGCCUCUCCCUCAUGGGUGGUGGAUUUCUCCCUAGCAGCACAGCCGAGACCCUGGCCGUCCUGGCUGCUUUCAUCUCCUCUGUCAACAUCGCUGGUGGUUUCUUGGUUACUCAGAAGAUGUUGGACAUGUUCAAGCGGCCCACUGAUCCUCCAGAGUACAACUACUUGUAUCUUCUUCCUGUUGGUUUGUUUGUUGGAGGUUAUGGGGUGGCUCUUCAAAGUGGCUACAACAUUGAACAGAUGAUGUACUUGGGCUCUGGCUUGUGCUGCGUGGGGGCUCUGGGGGGUCUGUCCACCCAGUCCACAGCCCGUCUCGGUAACGUCCUGGGCAUGAUCGGAGUGGCCGGUGGCAUUGUCGCAACUUUCGGAGCACUAAAACCUUCCCCUGAGCUCAUGGCACAGAUGAGUGCAGCCAUGGCGGUGGGUGGCACUGCUGGUUUGACCAUUGCCAAGAAGAUCCAGAUCUCGGACCUGCCGCAGCUUGUCGCCGCUUUCCACAGUCUGGUGGGUUUGGCGGCCGUGCUCACCUGCGUGGCAGAGUACAUGGUGGAGUAUCCCCACUUUGCAACCGACCCUGCGGCCAACCUCACCAAGAUCGUGGCCUACCUGGGGACCUACAUCGGUGGAGUCACCUUCAGCGGAUCUCUGGUGGCUUAUGGCAAACUUCAAGGUCUCCUGAACUCAGCUCCCCUUAUGCUUCCUGGUCGUCAUGCGCUGAACGCCACCCUCAUGGCAGCCAGUGUGGGCGGCAUGAUCCCCUACAUGCUUGAUCCCAGCUAUACCACUGGCUUGACCUGCCUGGGCUCCGUGUCUGCACUCUCUGCCGUCAUGGGCUUGACCCUGACAGCCGCCAUCGGAGGGGCUGACAUGCCCGUGGUGAUCACUGUGCUAAACAGCUAUUCCGGCUGGGCCCUGUGCGCUGAAGGCUUCCUGCUCAAUAACAACUUGUUGACCAUUGUGGGUGCUCUCAUUGGCUCUUCUGGAGCCAUCCUCUCCUACAUCAUGUGUGUGGCCAUGAACCGCUCACUGGCAAAUGUCAUUCUGGGUGGCUACGGCACGUCAUCCACCGGCAGGGGCAAGCCCAUGGAGAUCACAGGUACCCACACUGAGGUCAACGUGGAUCAGUCAGUGGAGAUGAUCAAGGAGGCUCAGAAUAUCAUCAUCGUUCCAGGUAAUGGAGAUUGUAGCUUCAAAUCCUUUUUCCCCAUCACUGUAGCGAUCUAAGAGGUCACUGAUCUGUAUUGUCUGCGUGUGUUCAGGUUUGGAAUCCACCCUGUGGCUGGUCGUAUGCCAGGCCAACUGAACGUUCUGCUGGCUGAAGCUGGUGUGCCUUAUGAUGUUGUGCUGGAGAUGGAUGAGAUCAAUCAUGACUUCCCUGAAACUGACCUGGUCUUGGUAAUUGGAGCUAAUGACACAGUCAACUCAGCGGCCCAGGAGGACCCCAACUCCAUCAUUGCUGGCAUGCCUGUUUUGGAGGUCUGGAAGUCCAAGCAGGUCAUUGUGAUGAAAAGAUCUCUUGGAGUUGGCUACGCUGCCGUGGACAACCCUAUCUUCUACAAACCAAACACAUCCAUGCUUUUGGGAGAUGCCAAGAAGACUUGUGAUGCUCUGUCUGCCAAGGUCCGUGAGGGCUAGAGAGGAAAGAGAAGAUCUGACACUGAGUCACGGAGAUGAGGAGAUCGAACAAACCCAAUAAACCCUUAGAUAUAAAUUAGCACUAAUAGGAACAAGCUCUUAAUGACACUCUAUGCCCAUUUCGAUUUUGCUGUAGAUAUAGGUAGUUUAUUUAGUAUUUCCAGAACUUUUUAGUUUUUCUUUUCAUGAAAUGUUCUUCUUUUGGUCCCCCAUUUAAAUCAAGUUAAAAGGAAAAAAAGCAUUACAGCAUCACAUUAAUUAGCAUUAAUAAAGCAAGUUAACCAGUUAUCAUCUGGUUUUGUAUGUAUUAUAGAUCUGGUUUUAUAUAGCACAGCAAUCUGUAAAAAAAAAAUAUAUAUAUAUAUUUUUUUUUUCUGGUAACGUUAGCAUACAUAUGACUAAUUUGUUUGAAAGCCAUAAACCACUCUAAACUGUAUGCUUUUUUUCUCCUUUUUCUUGCUUCAUUGUUUAUUUGCCAUGUGCAUUGUGACCAGCUGGUGGUGUAAGGUGUUCAACUUUUCCAGAUGCAGCUUCAGAGGACCAUAUCCAAACAAUGCACAUUUUCUGUUAAUAGCAUGAAGCUUUGAAGGAUUGCUGCUGAGAUGAAGUCCUAGCCAAUAUCACUGAAGAUUUACACACAGAAUCCCAAACACCUGUGGCUCCACCAUAAAAUGAUUUGUAUUCCCCAACCACUCUUAAUUCAAGUGAAUGUCACUGGAGCGGUGAGGUUAGUAUAUGAGUAGUUACUGUAUAUCUGCCCUGUUGUCCUCCCAAAUUUGUUCCCAGCAGUAAUCCUCCACAGUAUUUGACAGGGAUUUGAACAUAUGUAUUAUACUUUACCCACCGGGACCUAAUGGAGUAGAUCCUACGAGAUACAGGAACCAAGACAGACCAUUACAACAACCCUACCUCUCCAUAGUUUCAACUCGACCAAAACAAUCCCUCACCUCCCCAAUCACACACUCCUCUGCUAAUGUUUGCCUCGAGCUGGGCUGCAAGGGGCGCGUGUAGUUUGGUCCUCAAUGUAGAUUUUGUGGAUGCAGGAAGGUGGUACACCAUUCUUUGCAAUUUAGAUGCUGAAUUUCAUCUGUUUUUCAUCUGUUAAAACAGGAAUGUUUUAAUAUGUGAAAAAAUAAGUAAAUUGUAAGGGAAUCAGUUGCUGCAAGGGAAAGUAUUUAUCGAACACCAUUCGGGUUAAUACAGAGUUUUGCAUUCCCUCCCCCUCCUUCGGGAUGUUUUUGUAAAGACAGGUUCUUGCAUAGAAACGAUGCUUUGAAAAUUCUGCUUUGCUGCAAUACAUGGGAGGGAAGAGGGUGAGUCUUCAAAUGUUUCAUUGUGCCAUGGUGAGGAAAUAAUGUCAUACUGUGAAAUGUUUUUUCUCUCUCCACUGUAUCACAGAGCAUCCCUCUUAAUAAACAUCCUGAUAAGAGAA